AAAUAAACAUACCUUAACAAUAAAACAAAGGAGUCAUCAAUCAAAAGGAGUUUCAUUCCCUCCACUGAGAUAUUAUCAGCAUUUUAAGAUAUUUAUUACUUAGUAUCUUCAUUUUUCUAUACUAAGCUUUCCCUCUCAGGCAGGAAGCUAUCGUUAUGCCAAAGAAAGCGGUUAUUCUUACCCUCCCAUUUAUCUUUUAAAUUCGUCGGUAUAGAAAAAUGGAAAACAAGCUUUUCUCAGUCAUUUGAAAGAAAAAAGAAUCAUCAUAAUAAAGAAAUGUCUGCAAAGUUAUCGGCUUGCUUUUUCAGUCAUGGCUUUAGUUGUUUGAAUAACAGUAGUUAUAAAAACACUGUUGAUAAGCAUAAGAAUGUAUAUAUGAGGGUGCUGUUUUUGCCUUCGCGUCAAUUCCUCCCAGCUUAUUGUAAAAUGCGGCAACGUAAUCUCAGUUCAAAUCAUAAAAGGCAACGAAUGAGUAAACCUCCUUCUGAGCGGAUUCCAACGAGUGCAGAGUUGCUGCCGAUUAGGGAUGAGGAAUCUGAACCUGAAAAUUCUUUUCCAAAUGGUGUAGAUGUGGAGCCUUUUGUAAAUCAUGAAACUAGUGGAAAAGAUGAUGUUAACACUGUGAUAGAUGUAGAGAAUAUCGCCGAACAGAAUUCGGGCACUCUAUCUGCCUCUGCUGUUGAGACUAACGGAGACGUGGAGCGUACCAGUGAACAGAUUAUAAACGGCCUUGUGCUGCCUUCUGUAACAAAAGCUUUGGCCAUAAAUGGAGAGCAGCUCUCAAGUAUGCAACUAGAGGAACUGGUAGGCAUGAUAAAAAAUGCAGAGAGAAAUAUCCUUGUUCUCAAUCAAGCACGGGUUCAUGCGCUAGAAGAUAUUCAUAAAGUUCUUGAUGAGAAGGAGACUUUGCAAGGAGAAAUUAACAUUUUGGAAAUGAGAUUGGCAGAGGCUGAUGCACGGAUUAAAGUUGCUUCUCAAGGAAAGAUACAUGUGGAGUUCCUAGAAAGUCAAUUAAAGAUGUUGCGAAAUGAGUUAACCGGCAGGUGUGAGCUUGAACCAUAUGAGAAUCAAAAGAAAUUUUCGAAUGAGGAAGUGCUUUCAACACAUGAUGAUCAUUCUCUUAACAAGGAUGUUGAUUCAUUAAGGACAGAGAAUCUAGCCCUAAAAAAUGAUAUCCAAGCACUUAAGUCUAUGAUUAGCAAUGUCAAGAACACUGAUGAACGCAUGGCAACAUUGGAAAAUGAAUGCUCUUUUCUAGGGUCCUCUGUGAAGGAGUUGGAGUCUAAACUAUUGGUUUCUCAGCAAGACUCUUCAAAAAUUUCUGCUAUAAAGGUUGAACACGAGGAGCUAUGGGAAAAGGUAGAAAAUUUGCAACAGUUGUUCGAUACGGCAACUAAACAGGCAGAUCAAGCCACUUUAGUGUUACAGCAAAACCAGGAUCUUCGAAAGAAGGUUGAUAAAUUGGAAAAAUCUCUUGAAGAGGUUAACGUCCUUAAGGUGUCAUCUGACAAAAUGCAACAAUAUAAUGAACUCAUACAGAAAAAGAUAAAACUACUAGAGGAGCGUCUUCAAAAGUCUGAUCAAGAGAUAUAUUCUUUUGUCCAAUUAUAUCAAGAAUCUCUGGAGGCAUUUCAGGAUACUCUUAAUAGUUUGAAAGAAGAAAGCAAGAAAAGGACAUCAGAUGCACUAGUUGAUGAUGUGCCUUGGGAAUUUUGGAGCCGCUUAUUGCUUACUAUUGAUGGUUGGGUGCUUGAGAAGAAAAUAUCAAACAGUGAUGCAAAGCUUUUGAGAGAACUGGUGUGGAAGAAGGAGCAAUGCAUUCGUGAUGCACAUAUUGCAUGCAAAGAAAAGAAUGAGCGUGAAGUUAUAUCUACAUUUCUCCGGCUGGCAUCCUCACAAACUAGUCCAGGGUUGUACAUCGUUCAUAUUGCCGCUGAGAUGGCACCAGUUGCUAAGGUUGGUGGUUUGGGAGAUGUUGUGACUGGUCUUGGUAAAACACUGCAGAAGAAAGGACACCUUGUAGAGAUUAUUCUUCCAAAAUAUGAUUGUAUGCAAUAUGACGGCAUUCAUGACUUAAGGGCCUUAGAUGUGACUGUAGAGUCAUAUUUUGAUGGCAAACUAUUUCAAAAUAAAAUUUGGGUUGGUACUGUUGAAGGUCUUCCUGUUUAUUUUAUUGAGCCUCAUCAUCCCAACAAGUUCUUCUGGAGAGGUCAAUAUUAUGGAGAGCAUGAUGAUUUCAAGCGUUUUUCAUUUUUCAGUCGCGCGGCACUCGAGUUUCUUCUUCAAGCUGGCAAGAAACCAGAUAUAAUUCACUGCCAUGAUUGGCAGACAGCUUUUGUUGCACCACUUUACUGGGACUUGUAUGCUCCAAAAGGUUUAAAUUCAGCUCGAAUAUGUUUUACAUGCCAUAACUUUGAGUACCAAGGGACUGCAUCUGCUUCAGAAUUGGCAUCAUGUGGUCUGGAUGCCCAGGAGUUAAAUAGACCUGAUAGGAUGCAGGAUAACACAGCACAUGACAGUGUCAAUCCUGUUAAGGGUGCAAUUGUGUUCUCUAACAUAGUGACGACAGUAUCACCCACUUAUGCACAAGAAGUCCGAACUGCUGAGGGAGGAAAAGGCCUCCAUUCAACACUGAAUUCUCACUCAAGAAAGUUCAUGGGAAUCUUAAAUGGGAUAGAUACUGAUGCAUGGAAUCCUGCCACCGAUAAUUUUCUCAAAGUGCAGUAUAGUGCUAAUGAUAUGCAAGGGAAAGCAGAAAAUAAAGCUGCAAUGAGAAGGAAUCUAGGGCUUUCAUCUGCUGAUGAUCAAUGGCCAUUGGUAGGCUGCAUAACAAGAUUGGUGCCACAGAAAGGUGUUCAUCUGAUUAAACAUGCCAUAUAUCGAACAUUGGAGAUGGGCGGUCAGUUUGUACUACUUGGUUCAAGUCCAGUUCCCCACAUUCAGAGGGAAUUUGAGGGUAUAGCAAACCAAUUCCAAAACCACGAAUGCAUUCGGCUAAUAUUAAAAUAUGACGAGUCUCUUUCUCAUGCCAUUUACGCAGCAUCUGACAUGUUCAUCAUCCCAUCUAUUUUUGAACCUUGUGGCCUUACACAGAUGAUAGCAAUGAGAUAUGGUUCAGUACCCAUUGCAAGAAAAACUGGCGGUCUAAAUGACAGCGUUUUCGAUGUCAAUGAGGAGACAAUACCUCAUCAAAUUCGAAACGGAUUUACAUUUACAACUCCUGAUGAACAGGGAAUAAACGGUGCCGUGGAGCGUGCAUUUAAUUUCUACAAGAACAACAAAGAGAGUUGGAAACAACUCGUUCAGAAGAACAUGAAUAUAGAUUUCAGCUGGGAUUCUUCAGCUUCACGAUACGAAGAACUUUAUGCCAAGUCUAUUUCAAGAGCAAGGGCACAAGCGAGUAACAAUUGAGUUACAUUUGGUUGAGUGGACAAGUACAAAAGAACAAUCGAAAGCAGCCCUGAUUUGUCGACAUUGGUUAUGAGUGAAGGUCAGUAACGUUAAACCUGCACUGGUGAGUUCGGUAUUCAUUGCACCUUUAUCCAGUUCAUAGUUACAUGUUGUCACACCAUUCAUAUCAUUGAUAAAGCUUUAUGUGUAUAUAUAUAUAUAUACAUUGCCUUCAUUCUCCUCAGGGUAACUUCAUAUACUUAUAUGUAAGUGGUCACUGUAACAUUGUCUAGUUCUCAAAAUACUAAAUAGAACGCUGAGAAGUUUAUUCGGGAAUAUAUUUAUACUUAAUUUGUCGAAA